AUGGUGCAGACUAGGUCUCAAUCCGCAGCAGAGAAGGCGGCUCAAGCGGCCGAGAAAGCCACCAAGGCUAGCAACAAGGGCCUCGACGGCUCGGUGGAGGACAAGACGGAGCUCGAGGCGGUGAAGGUGGUGGUGCACGAGCACUCAGGAGCGCUGGCUCGGCUCGAGGAAAGCCUGGCAAGGGUGCAGGCUGAAGCGAAGGUGGAUGUUGAGGAUCUUCGUCAGAGGCUGGGGGACCUGAUGCGAGCGGUUGCGUCGUUGCAGUCCAAGGGAACUGGAACAGAGAUCGCGGCAAGGCCAACGCCGAAUCCGAACGAGGGAGUGGCCAACGGUGGCGGCGUGGCUGGCGCGGCUGGCGGGGGAUCGACCGCCGCGAGACCAUCUCCGAUUCCAACCGAGUCGACGAUCAUGGGCGGCGGGGUGACAGGCGGAGGGUCCUCCUCGCAAAGGCGGCGGCGGAGAUGGCGGGUGAGGUGGCGGCGGAGACUGAGGGAGGAAAGGCGGUGGACGUGUAACCUCCCAACGUGGACAGCGCGGCCGUCGGAGCGCGUGGGUUUUACCCUGGGUUUUUUUGACGGAUAA